AUGCCUCGAAUCUUUGUGAAGAAUUCGCGACGCGGUUUGCAUCUUAAAAGAGAAUACAAAAAUACGGAGGAUGAGCAGGUUCAAAAAAAGAUUUCAUGUGCUGCUAGGCUCGCUGCUAACAUUUCGUCGCAGGUCCAUUCAAAGGAUGAAAAUUUGACAUCUUCGGAUAAUAAUGUUGCUGAAAAUUGCACACCUCUGAGGAGGUCGUGGUCUUUCGAUUCUGAGUCUUCUGAGUCUUUGCCUGAAUUAGAAAUUGAAGUUGUUAGACUCCCUGGACAGUUCGAUCCGAAAAUAAGAAAUAUUAGUGGAAGACGUAUAAUUGAUAUUUCUCAUUUUAUAACGGAAGUGAGACGUCUAGAAAAUCACGUGUGCCAUGUAAAACCAACUGGUUAUUUGAGUUUCGAUAGAGAACAGAAAAUCGGACUUCAUUCAAAACUUUUUUUCAAAUGCGCAGCUUGCGGUCAUAGUACAUCGAUAACCACAAAUAAGCCAGAUAAAAGUGAACCCAAUGCAAAUUUUCUGGCUUCAUGGGGUGCUUUAGCCAGUGGAAAAGGCCAUUUCUUCUUAGAAGAAUAUUUAUCACUUCUUGACAUACCUCCGUUGACAAAACCAACUUUUUUAAAGUAUCAACAAGAAUUAGGUGAUUCAUGGAAUGAGUGUUUAACAGAUUCGAUACAAGCAGCAGGUGCAGAAGAGUAUAAGUUAGCCGUAGAAUCCAAUAAUAUGGCAGAAGGAAACAUUGGUCAAUGUACAGUAGUUGUAGAUGGAGGGUGGAGUCAUAGAUCGUAUGGGCACAGAUAUACUUCAAAAUCUGGAGUUGCUUGUAUCAUAGGAAAACAUACAAAACAACUCCUAUUCAUUGGCGUCAGAAACAAGUAUUGUAGUGUAUGUGCUAUUUCCGAAAGAAAAGGAGAGGAGGUGCGCCGUCAUAAAUGUUUCAAAAAUUGGUCUGGCUCAUCACCUGCAAUGGAAGCAGAUAUCAUCGUAGAAGGAUUCAUCCACAGUCAGUCGAUGCAUAAUCUUCAAUAUACCGCAUUCAUUGCAGAUGGGGACUCCAGUGUACAUUCGAAGAUUCUAGAGCACGUUCCAUAUUCUCGAAAGAUUAAAAAAAUUGAAUGUGCUAACCAUCUGACGAAAAAUGUAACGAAGCACCUACAUGAACUUGCCAAAGAAUCUUCUGCUAAUAGGAAGUUGUUGUCCAGCAAUAGGAUAAAUUACAUAGGAAAGAGCUGUAGGAAACUUAUAUCCAUACACGCUCGAAAAUCAACUCCUUGUGUUGCAAAUUUGAAACAUGAUUUGCAGAAUGUUGUCAGUCAUGUAUUUGGAAAUCACAGAAAUUGUAGAGCCGAAAACUGUUUGAAAGUAGGUCAAUGUAAUGAAAAUGAUUUUCAAAAAGCUUCUACUGAAACGCAAUUGCGCAUAAUGAGGAUUGUAGGGAACUUGACCUCUAAGGCUGACAGCCUAAUCACCGAUUCAACUAGCAACAGUGCAGAACAGUUCAUGCGACAAGUUGCUAAAUUCAAUAGCGCCAAACAAACUUUUUAUGGACGCAGAAAUUCAUUCAACAUAAGGUGCCAUGGUGCUGGCUUGGCAUAUCAGUUUGGACCACGUUGGAUGAUCGAAGCUUUCAAGCAUAACAUUAACAUCCUUGCCAGCGAGUGUGCAUCUCUUGUUUUUUUGGGUACUGACAAAAACCUUGUAGAAUCAGAUGAUUCGGACUCCGAAAUUGAGAAUGGAAAAUCAAAUGGAACUAUUUGGGAUCAGAACAUAACAUUGGCUUUAAUUGAUAAGUUCAACGAAAAUGAAGCAAUGUUCGAAAAGUGUCUCAAAAAGCAAGUGUGGAAUAAGAUUGCAAAACAACUAAACAAAGAUUUCUCUUCUCAGAAAUUCAACUAUAAAAAUGUUGACAGCAAAUGGAAAUUCCUCAAAAGAACAUAUAAAUCCAUCAAAUUGAAUAAUUCGAAAUCUGAUAAUAACACCUACAGAUGGCAAUAUUUUUCUGUAAUGGAUUCCCUCUUUCAUAAGCGCCCAGAAAUCACCCCUCCUGCUAUAUGCACUGGCACUUCUCUAGCGAUAUUAAAUGAGGAAGUUUCAUCCAAUAAUGAAGAAAAUAAAGGGCCCCCUUCAAUAAUUCAACAACCAGAAAAUAGAAAAGGAGAAACAUCCAGGAAAAGAUCACUCAUUGGGAGGCAUCAAAAUGUCAAUGACAGACAUAGAGAAAAAAUGGCAAAAACUGAUAGAUUUCUGGAAAUAUUGGAAAAAUUGUGA